AAAGGAUGAAUCUUGUUCUUAUGCUAAUAAACUAACUCUUUCUUGUUUUAGUCUUUUAUCUCCUUUCAUGCAGAACAUUGAGGAUGAACUUUGUGUAAAGGAUGAUGACAGCUCACUUGAAGAAGACAAUCUCAUGGGUCAAGGUUUUAAAGUGUGGGAUAACCCAUUGUGGGAUGAUACUAAACAUGAGUUUACUGUACAUUUUUGUCCACUUUGGGAUUCCAAUGAAGGAAGCAAAGGUGAUGAAGUUUCCAAUGAAGACAUUGAGACACAUGAAGCUUUUGGUGCCGUAGAUAUUGAGAAAGUUGAGCUAGGUGCAGAAUGUAGUAGCUCAAGUGUGGAAAAGGACAAGUGCUCACAUGUUUUCAACUUCACAAUAUCUUUAUCUUGUUUUCUAGAUCCUUAUUUGCAGGUUCAUUCCAAGCCACUUCACAAGAAAAUAACUUUUGAUCCAUAUCAUGACCAUGGUAUAUUGAAUGGUCAAUGUCAAGAUUCGCGGACGAAUCUUCUUUAAGAGGGGGAGAAUGAUAGCAACCAUGGAGGCUCAAAUGCAUUAAGGAGCAAAAAAGGUCACCACCAAGAUUCGGGACGAAUCUUCUAUAAGAGGGGGAGAAUGAUAGCAACCAAGGAAGCUUAAUUUUCGUUGAAGACUAAAAAAUAUCAAGAUGCUUUAAUGGGCUUCAUUUGGUAAUGACAUGUCAUGUAAUGGAGGAAUAGCUCCAGCCCAAAGGAGAUCUUUAGGGAAAGUCUUAAUACUAAUUGGAGGCCCCAAUUGAAAACCAAGAUGAGUUGGAUUAUGGCCCAAAACAUGCCCAAAGAAGGAACAAGUUGAGCAGCCCAUACUUGUGUUUCUAGAAGAUCAUUUAAUGUUAUGUUGACUACAUUUAAUGUUUUUAUUGAACAAAGUGUUGGUGGUCUUCUAUGCACAUUGGAACAAAUGUUUGGUGGUCUUCUAUGCACAUUGGAACAAAUGUUGGUGGUCUUCUAUGCACUUUGGAACAAAGAAUUGGUGGUCUUCUAUGCAGCUUGGAAAUUGCACCUUAAUUAAUUUGGUUUGACCAACUUUAAUGUCUAGAAUGUUCUUUAUUUUAUUUAGGGUGGCAGCCACCAUUUCUCCUAUAUAAAGGGGUGUUUUCUUAUUCAUUGUAACUAAGUUUGAAUAUUAAUAAUAUUAGCCUUGUGCUUGUGGAGACCUUUGAGGUUCUCUUUUGGGUUAUGCCC